AAAUCCAUAACAAAUAAAUAAAUAAAAAAAAGAGAGAGAAGAAGACCUAGUUAAUAAAAUUUGACAAAAUAAUUAUUAUGGCUAAAUUCAUUUUCUUCGUUGCCUCGGCGGCCCUUUGCUUGGCCGCUCUCGUCAGCUUCGCAUCCGCCGAUGCCGACGACUUCGACCGUUUCCACAUCAAGGGCUCCGUCUACUGCGACACCUGCCGGGUCCAGUUCAUCACCCGUCUCAGCAAAUUCCUCGAAGGUGCUAAGGUGAAGCUCGAGUGCAAGAACCGAGUGAACCAGACCGUGACAUUGACGAAGGAGGCAGUGACCGACAAGUCAGGGAACUACGAGAUGGAAGUAAUGGGCGACCACGAGGAAGAAGUGUGCGAGAUAGUUCUCGGGGAAUCGCCCGACGCAGAAUGCAGCGAAAUCAACAACGAGGAGUUCACGAGGAACGCCGCGAGAAUAAGCUUGACGGCUAACGACGGGAUCGUAUCCAACGAGACGAGAUCUGUUAACCCGUUAGGGUUUAUGAGGAAGACCCCUCUCGGAGACUGCCCCGAGGCCUUUAAGGAGCUUGGAAUUGUCCCUGACGUCAUCUUCUAAGCUUAUAUUUUUUUUUAUUAUAUGGUUCAUUAAGGUUAUGGAUAUAUAUAUAUAUGUAACUAUUUUUUUCUUUAAUUUUUUGGUUGGGAAGAUAUAAAUGUGCCUUGUAAUGAAAGAAUUUGCGAGGACCGUAUACAUGUUUUAUGGUAAUUUGAUCAUCGUCUUCUUGGACCCCGAGGGUUUUUA